AUGAAAGGACUGACGGUGGCGCCUGGUGUAAUUGAUGCGGACUAUGCAGGAGAGAUAAUGAUUAUGGCAUCUACAUCCUUCCCCCCUUUGCUUAUCCCGGCAGGGAGCCGCAUUGCUCAAUUAGUACCGCUACCACGGCUGGCACAAGAGGCGGCAGGCCCUGUACGAGACUCAGCCGGGUUUGGGUCAACGGAAGGCCUGGCACUACUCACCUUAACAAUGGACCAGCGCCCCUUAGUGCAUGCUACCCUCCAACAAGGAGCCAGGCGGAUACAGUUACAGGCCCUACUGGACACUGGCGUGGAUAUUACCAUUGUUUCUGCUCAGAGAUGGCCCCAUGACUGGCCCUUACAAACGUCCACCGAAUCAGUGGAAGGCGUGGGUGGUGCCGGCCAGGUACGGAAGAGCCGUAGGUCCGUACUUAUUACCAUUGACGGGAUUUCUGCGUCUGCCUUUGUGAUGGACCUGGUGUGGGUUGAGCAGUGGCCGCUAAAGCAGGAAAGCCUCAAACAGGCCCACCUGUUGGUACAAGAACAACUUGCUCAAGGACAUUUGAAACCAUCUACGAGCCCAUGGAAUACGCCAAUAUUUGUGAUAAGAAAAAAAUCAGGGAAAUAUAGACUGUUACACGACUUGCGAGCAGUUAAUGCGCAAAUGCAACCCAUGGGAGCAUUGCAGCCGGGACUACCCAACCCAGCCAUGAUUCCCCUUGAAUGGCAAAUUUUAAUUGUGGACCUUAAGGACUGCUUCUUUACAAUAGCCCUUCACUUAAAUGAUAUGCAGAGAUUUGCCUUUACCUUGCCAGCCAUUAAUAGAGAGGCUAUUUCCCAACGAUAUGAGUGGACUGUCUUACCACAAGGCAUGAGAAAUUCUCCAACGUUGUACCAGCUCUUUGUUGCCGCUGCCCUGCAGCCUCUGCGGGAGGCCUGGCCUGAUACGUUAAUUUAUUGUUAUAUGGAUGACAUCUUGUUUGCUCGGCCUAGUCCAUUUACUGUCGUUCAAGAACAGGAACUGGUCGCAGCAUUGGCACGACAAGGACUGGUGAUAGCCCCAGAGAAGGUACAAUGUUCUUCACCAUGGAAGUACCUGGGAUGGCAAAUAUUAGAAUCCACUAUUGUGCCUCAGAAGUUGCAGCUUUGCAUAUGCAUCUCUACCCUGCAUGAUGUGCAACGGUUGAUGGGAGACCUGCACUGGCUAUGACCAGUAGUUGGAAUUACCAAGGAUGAACUUGAAUGCUUAAGACCAUUAUUAAAAGGCACUGACCCAGCUGCGCCCGUAAUGCUGUCUCAGCAGCAGCAUCGACAUCUGCAGCACUUCGCGGAUCACAUCACGGCGCGUGCUGUACAUCGACGAUUGCCUAACGCUCCUUUGGACCUAACCAUUCUUAUGGGACCAACUCACCUCCUUGGUGCUAUCACCCACUUGGGUGACAAAGACGAGCUUCGAGUGCUAGAAUGGGUCUUUGUUUCGUUACAGCCUAAAACCACAAUACAAAGUAAAAUUGCCACACUAGCGGCCUUAAUAAAAAAGGGCCGAACGCGGUGUAUGCAAAAUACAAGGGCAGGAGCCAAAUAUUAUUUACCUGGCCAUGAAAACAUCGGAUAUUGA